UUUAUUUCCCAAGGUGACCAAAAUCUCUCCUUCUCCUUCAUCUCAAAUAGAGGAUUCUUUUGCAAAGGUGGACAGAUGCAUUCAGAAAUGGCCAUUUCGUCAGAGCAGCGAUGGGAAAUUGUGAGGAUGUGAAGUCUCGGGAAUAGAUUCAGGGUAUGCACACAUAACACACACGCACACAAUUAAUUCUCUCUCUCUCACACACACACACACCACACAUGAGAUUUCAUCGUCACCUUCUUCUGGAGUAGGAGUGCAUCAAGGCAAUGGAUGUUCGGAGAGCAAUGACCUCCAAGGCCAAGAAGCGGGUGGUGCUCCCCACACGCCCUGAGCCUCCCAACACGGAUCAGAUUAUCGAGGAUGUGCAGCGCGCUCAACCCAAUGACCCUGUCUUCGUACUGCUGGCAGAACCCAGCGAAGAUAUGCCUACUCCAGUCAAAAAUGAGGAUCCAGAAGCCAAGAGGGAACGCCUGUACCGGCUGACUCAAUCCUACGUCGAGAUGAACCACCGCCUUCAGAAGGCUUGCAGUCUGCUCAAGGAGAAGUGUGAGGAGCUCAAACUGGCCGGUGCCACACUGGAGCAGGGCAUUUUGGAGAUGAAGCAGAGGGCCUUGUGAGAUACUUCUGGGGGCUGGGGGGUUGGGGAGGCAGGGGUGACUGCAGUCAACCAAGAAAAAAGUAACCCCCAAAAACUUAAAAAGAGGAGUCGAGAAGCAUUUUUUCAUGCCAUGCUUGAAGCAAAAGACUUGCCAGCCCAUGAUGUGAUUUCAGCAUGCGUCAGCUUCACCUCUUCAACACUGUCUGUGUUUUAGGUUCUGUGAAUGUGUGCCAAAACCCAGCUGCCUGCUACAAGCCUCUUGCGGGCCAUGCUGUGCUUGCCACCAAGCGCCCAGUCGUGCAGUUCAGCUCAUCCAUUUUGUCUUUUUCAGAUUGACAGGGUUUGGUUCUGCCCAGGCCUGUCCUUCCCUUCUGUGGUCCUCUUUGUAUAGACGUAAGAUGAAACACCAUCGUUGGGUGGGGUUGGGGACUGUGGAAUUCAACAGAGGUAUUUUCUUUCUGUCUACUUAUUUAGUUUGGGACCACUGGACUUUGAGGGUAAAGGGGUGGAGAAGAGAGUGGGAUUAGCUGCCUUUUUGCACCCAAUUGGCAGCUGUGGGUUUGCCAUGAUCUCUUGUCCUGUUGUGAUUUCUCCUUCUGGUACUGCCUAGAGGAUGACCCCAUUGCCAUUGUCAAGAUCCUGGGAACACAGGUCCCAUGGGUACAUGGAACACUAAGACCAUAUGGUGGGGAGGCCGGUCCUCGCCUCUGCCAGUGCGGUCAUCCAGUCGAGUCAGGUGGGCCAUCCUUCUCCUGAUGCCCUGCUUGUUGAAUUUCAUGGUGCCAGCAUAUGGCAUCUUAGACCCUUGUCCACGCCAUCCACCAAAAGGGAACCAAAGUCAUCCUGGUUUACAUGGACAUCUGACCGGAGCAGAUCCCACCAGCUUUGGGGCACUUGGCCGGACUCAAGUAUGACAAGGAUUUUCAAGCAGAGGUUACUCAGCAGCUUGCAAAAGUCCAAGCCUUGCACCCAGGCUCUGGGUUCUUCUGGACUGGCCAAAACAAACAAAGUGGGCUUUUAAAGGACAUGAGGGAGGGGCAAGUGGAGGCAGCUUGGUUGUGACAUUGUGCCCCAUUGUUGGAAAUUAUUGGAUUCAUUUGGUAUUUUAACAUAGGCCCCAUCGUGACGUGGGUUUGGUGAAUGUGAACGGAUCCCAGUAGACUUGUGCCUAGAUUUGUAGGAAGGAUUGUUUGAGUUUCCCAAAAAAUAAUCCAUACAUGAAGAAAGUGUUAGGUGUUUAGGGGUGGCAGGGAGGUGGGUGAGAAAAGGAAGGGGAAAGGGAAUGUCGUUCAUUGUUUGUCCUGAUAGCAAGAGUGAGAAAAUGUUUACACAGAGAAAAGCCUGCUGGUUGUUAACUUAAAUUUAAUUUAAGGAGACCUUAUUAAAAAGCAGUUUUUGGACAACUCUU